ACAUUUGUUCCCUGAACCAUUAGACCAUCUGUAUUACAGUAGAGUGGGUUUCAGGGUGGCGAUUUCCUUCACCUCACACAACCACAAGGAUUCCUCAGAAGGUUAUUACUAAGAAUUCCACCCUUCCUCUAGAACACUCCUCCGGGUUUUAGAAAGGAGUGCGAGUUUACCCCGGGGAAGUUCCAGCCCAUUUUUGGAGAUGUUCCUCAGGGCCGCUGUCCAUCAAGGAAACCUCUAGAAAGCUGUGGAGUGAAGACGAGGAGAGAAGAAAAGCGAGCCGCUGCACAAAGUCCACGCAGAGGUUUUUGCGCACUGGGUCGUGCGUAAUCGGACACACACGCGGAUACACACACGCGGACACACACUCCGAGUGCCAUCAUGGCUCAGGCGAAAAUCAACUCCAGAAUGAACACCGACGCGUCCAAAGGCAAAUUCAGCAGGUCGGUAUCGAUGGCGGAUCGCUCCAUGCGCUUACUGGAGAGUCUGGAUGAGAUUGAAAUAAGGGUGGAGACACUGAGGGAAGCAGCCACAGCCAUGGAGCAAGAGAGGGAGUGCUUACUCGAGAUGAUCCAGUCCAUUCAGAACAGCCAGGAAAUGAGAAGCAUAUGUGAUGGAGAGCGAGAGGAACUCUCUCUGACCGCUAAUAGACUCAUGGGCCGGACGCUGACCGUGUCCGUCUCUGUAGACACCAUCCGGAACCCACAGCAGGAAGACGCGCUGAGGACGGCCAUGGCAGUCAUCGACGAAAUCGCUGCCAAAGUCCUGGAUGACAUGAAGAACGCGAGGAAGAAGCUGCAGGCUCUCCACGCAGCCUGUCUCACCGAAGCACCGCUCGUUCCCAUCGACCAGAAAUUCCAGAGCAUCGUGAUCAGCUGCGCGCUGGAGGACCAGAAGAAAAUCAAGCGGCGACUCGAGACGCUCAUACGGAACAUGGACAACUCGGAGAAAACCAUUCGGAUCAUGGACAGCCAGAAGGUGGACAAGUCCGAAAGUGCAAAUGGGAAAUGAUGACACAGGGUUUGGAUGGAACAGGGUGUGGAGUGUCGUGUCUUCACUAAUCACUGGGAUCAGCACCACGUUUGUACAGUAUAUGAUGUGUUUAUAGAACACAGUGUUGUACCACCAUUCUUUUGACUUUUAUAACUACAAUAUGAGUAACAGAGAUGCACCAAAUAAAUAAUUUAUUAAGUCAAGGCAACAUUUGUUUCCUCCACUUGACUCAUUCUAAAUAAACACCAAAUAAUGCACAAGCUUGA